AUGGAGGGCAACAGUAAGCGGGUGGAGGAGCUGGAUCCCAAGGAGAAGGUGGAGGGAAUGAUGCAGGAGACACCAAACAGGGACUUAGCCCCCGAACCGAGUUUGAAAAAGAUGAAAACAUCAGAAUAUUCACCAGUAUUAGUGUUGUGCUACAGGAAGACUAAGAAAAUACAUUCAAAUCAACAGGAGAAUGACCAGUCCCGAGAGAACUCCAUCAGUCCAGUCCAAGAGGAGGUGGAUGAAGGCCUAGACUCCGCUGAAGGAUCUUCACAGGAGGAUGAAGACCUAGGGUUAUCUGAAGGAUCCUCACAAAAGGAUAAAGACCUAGACUCAGCUGAAGGAUCUUCACAAGAAGACGAAGACCCAGACACAUCUGAAGGAUCUUCAGAGGAGGGUGAGGAGGACUAG